CUCAAAGGUGGUGGUGGGCACGGGCUCGAGCGGAGAGAUGCUGCACGAGCUCGAGCACCCACGGGCAGAGGAGGCUUCCACGAAUCUGAUCCCGACGAGUGUGUAGUCCAUGUCAAGAAAGCAGAGUUUCACAUGUCAAGAAUGCUGCACGAGCACCCUGCAGAGGAGGCUGAUACCAGCUUGAGCGGAGAGCUGCUAGACCAGUACGAGCACCCUGAUGCAGAGGAGGCCGAUGCUGCCAAGGACAUCCAUGAAUAUGAUCCUGACGAGUGUGUAGUUGAUGUCAAGACAGCAGAGUGGCACAUACAAGAUAGACAUGAAGCGAAACUUUUGAUCGAACAGCUGAAUCAAUCAGGUCUGGGAGAGGAUAUCAGCGAUCAGGAGUUCCUUGCUUACUUUAACAAGCUGGCUCGCAGGCCUCCGUGGUUUAAUCUUAAAGCUGGGCUGGAAGAAAAGGAUCUCGAUCAGCAACUCAUUGACCAUGCACCGUUUCAGAUAUUACAAAUACAAGUUGACACAGCCCAAGGAAGAGCUGCAUGCUGGUAACCUUCUUGAGGAAGGAGAGGACGAUAAGGAAGAAAGGGAAUAUUUAGCUAUGUUGAAAGAGAAGCAACUUCUAUACCGUGAGGAAGGUGACACUACAUCGGAAGAGGAUGAAACUGAGGCUGAUAACCUUAUGGAUAAAAAUGAGGCUGAUUUUAAUCUGGAGUUUCUUGAGGAGAACAGAUUUUUCAUUAGCUUUGAAAAAGACGGAACACUCGAUUGGUUUUUCCACCCUGCUUACUGCGAAUGUGCUUCCCUGAGUGACUACGAACGGCUAGUCCUUCAAAAUUAUGGCGGUACUGAGUACACCCGGUGGAGUUACUACCACAGCUACCUUCAUAGCUAUGAUGUUGAACAAGAGUACGUCAAGUACUGUGAGGAAUUAUCCAAGCAACUGAAGUGGAUGGAAGAUUAUAUCGAUAUUGACCCCUCAUCUAUCAAAUGGGAUUACGUAUCUUCCCGGGGAGCUUAUCAAGCAAUUAAGAUUGCUGCUACAAGCUUUCCCAAGAUCACUCCGACUUUGGCUUACAAUGGCUACGAUGAGUGUAAAGAGAGCAUGGGCUAUCAUCAUAUAUAUUUGAAGGAGUAUGAUGGUUUGUAUUUUGAGAUUUGGCAGCGGGUCAAAAAGGGGAUGAGUUUCAGAGCCGCUCUGGAGGACCUUUGUGUUCUGAACAGGUUUCCGUUACGGCAAAGUUUAAUGCAAAUAGCACUGGGCAAUGAGUUCACCAUGACGUCACUGGAAAAGGACUUCCGAACCUGCACGGCAGCCAUUCGACCUGGAGUUGAAGAGGAUGAAGCCAAGGAGUUGAUUGCAGACGCAGUAAAAAAGCGGGUUGAUAAGCCAAAGUUCUAUGAUGAUUAUAUCAGAAAAAAGAUAGAGAUCGCACGCAUUGUUGGAAUCCUUCCAUCCGAGAAGACCGAGACUGACGCAACAGUAUAAUUAAGAUUCUGAAGAAUGGGAUUAUGAAACUGAACCAUCCCUCGUCUUGCACUGUGCUGCCCACAUCUAGUUGUUUGUCCAGCAAUGUUACUGAUCUAAUAAUACAAUGUAAUACAUCACUUA